AUGGCUGGAGUGAUGGCAGUGUUAUGGGCGGGUGCCCUGAUCCUGGUGGCAACCAGCGUUAAGGUUGUUGCAGAUAACAUUGGUGUGAAUUGGGGCACGAUGACGUCGCACCCAUUGCAUCCUAGAAUAGUGGUUCAGCUGCUGAAAGAUAAUGGGUUUGAAAAGGUUAAGCUUUUCGAUUCAGAUCCUUGGAUGGUGGGGUAUUUGGCCGGAACCGGCAUCGAGGUCAUGCUUGGGAUCCCUAAUGAUCAGCUUGAGUUUUUGUCUCAAGACUACGGCAAUGCAAAGGAUUGGGUCAAAGAAAACUGCACAUCACAUCUUCGCAAGGGAGGUGUCAAUAUCAAGUACGUAGCCGUUGGAAAUGAGCCGUUUUUGACAAGCUACAAAGGGAGAUUUCUCAAAACCACCUUCCCAGCAUUGAAAAACAUUCAGAAAGCCCUUAAUGAAGCAGGUUUAGGGAACAAAAUCAAAGCAGUCGUACCACAGAACGCGGACGUUUAUGAAUCAAAAUCGGACAAACCAUCCGACGGAGUGUUUCGCAGAGACGUAAAGGCUGUGAUGGCCCAAAUUGUGCGUUUCUUGAAGGAAAAUGGAGCCCCAUUUGUGGUGAACAUAUACCCUUUCAUCAGUCUCACCAUGAAUAGUAAGUUCCCUUCGGAUUUUGCCUUCUUUGAUGGAGGCCACCCCAUCCAGGACGAUAAUGUUCAGUAUAAUAACGUUUUUGAGGCAAACUUUGACACUCUUAUUUACGCAUUGAAAGACUUGGGCACCCCUAAUUUGACGAUCCUUGUGGGGGAAGUUGGUUGGCCAACAGAUGGCCACAAAAAGGCAAAUAAGAACAGUGCUAAGAAGUUUUACGAUGGUCUGUUCAAAGUGUUGGCUAGUAAAAAGGGAACCCCACUUCGUCCUGGGGAAAUGGAUGUCUACCUAUUCGGCUUGUUUGAUGAGGACACCAAGAGCAUUGAACCAGGGAAUUUCGAGAGGCAUUGGGGAAUUUUUGACUUUGAUGGCAAACCCAAAUUCACAAUGGACAUAUCUGGCAAGGGAGGUGACAAGCAUUUAGUGGCCGCCAAAGGGGUCAAGUACUUGCCCAAACAAUGGUGCGUUUUGGAAAGCUACGCCUCCAACCAAGAUUUGAUUGGUCAACAGACCGGUUGGGCUUGCGCCAGAUCCGAUUGCACUGCCCUGCAGGAUGGUGCGUCUUGUUCUAAUCUGGAUCCCGACCGUACGGUCUCCUAUGCUUUUAACAGUUACUAUCAAAUGAAUAACCAAGAUGAAGAUGCCUGUGACUUCGAGGGUUUAGCCACUGUGGUAUCCAAGGAUCCUUCCACCAUGUCCUGCAGAUUCAAUACUCAAAUAAAGGUUGAUGGGGCCACCAGGCUAAGUUUUGCGCAAGGAGCCGUUCCAGCUAUUUCUUCAUCACUCACCUUGUUCUUUUUGUUGUAA